AAAAAUACAGCCGGAAAUGGCGGAGAGUGAUUGAUUCCUGAAUUAUGUCUACUUUUCGUGUCGUUGAUUCUGAAUUGUGUUAAAUCUCUGGUGCAAUAAUGUGUUCAGUUCGGAAAACGGCAGUGAAGGAAAGAACUAGCCGCGUGACCUGCCAUUCCGAAAAUCCAGUCGGGCGAAAUGGUUUCUUAAAAAAUACAUAGGAAUGGAACGGAUCGCCCAACAUCGCGUUCUCCACGACACACGUCGAAUUAAGGCGUUUUCCUUUUGCAUCCGUUAGUACUCGCGAAAAUAAUCAAGUUAAUUAGAAGCUGCAGCAAACAAGAGCUUGACUCGUCUUUAAUAGCCUUGCAGCUGGUUCUGGACAUAAACGCAAGAGAAAAGGAAAAGCAAAAGAAGAUAAAUAAGAGUUCCAUGGAAAGUGAGAGGGAGUGAGACAAAGUCACAGCUGACAAGCUAAUAUCGAUAAAGUGCAGAAAAUACAGGCGAAACGAGACAGAAUGGAUGAGUGCAUGUUAAAUGACCUUUUGGAGUGCUCCGUAUGCUUAGAGCGUUUGGACACUUCCAGCAAAGUUUUACCUUGCCAACACACAUUUUGUAAAAAAUGUCUGGAGGAAAUAAUCAGCACUCAUCGGGAACUUCGGUGUCCAGAGUGUCGAGUUCUUGUCGACAUCAAGGUAGACGAUCUGCCUCCGAAUGUUUUACUAAUGAGAAUUUUGGAGGGAAUGCGAAAUGCAACUCCGAAAGGAAUAAAGACUCCUUCGAAGAGUAUUAAUGGUCCUCAACGCCUGUUUGGUGGUCAUCAAGUCGCCCCUGCACCAACAAUUAACACCAAUCAACCAGUUGUUCUUGCUGUAGAUCCUUCGCGACACACUAAUGUUGCUGCGAAGCAAGUUCAUCUUCAUAAUCAGCCCUACGGGCGUGCCAUUUAUGACUAUGUGUCGAAGGUGCCAGGGGAUUUGAGCUUUAAAAAGGGAGACAUCGUCGUCCUGCGGAAGAAAAUCGACAACAACUGGUAUUUUGGGGAAUGUGGUACUAAUCAUGGAGUAUUUCCUCUUUCAUAUGUGCAGGUAAUGACCCCUUUACCUCCACACGUUCCACAGUGCAAGGCUUUAUACGAUUUCAGAAUGUCCAAUGACGAUGAAGAUGGUUGUCUCACUUUCAACAAAGGCGAGGUGAUCAGUGUCAUCAGAAGAGUGGAUGAAAAUUGGGCAGAAGGAAAGCUUCUUGACAGAAUUGGUAUAUUUCCAUUGGCCUUUGUCGAAUUAAAUAGUGUCGCCAGGGCUUUAAUGAAACUGUCUACAAAUGUGCAACCAGGGCCAUCAAGAGUGGCUCCUCCGACUCCUACUAAUGAAGAAACUACUCCAUUAAUUCCGACUGACCAUUCUCGAAAUGUGCAAACCACGAGUCAGCCUAGACCUCAAGUUACUCCGGUAAUUAAUUUUACUAGUAAAAGCAAACGGAAUAUUUUACUGCUUGCUGCAGCACUGCCAGUAUCAGAUUCCAGUUCGACUGUUUCUUCUGGUGGCAGCUCAACUACUACGACACCAAAUACUCCAAAUAGCUCAAGUACAUCAAGUAGUUCUAGCACUGCACCAAGUAGCCCGAGUAGUCCGGCGACCUCACCCCCUGCAGUUGGCAGUAGGCAAAAUGUUAAACGUCACAGCUUCACUGCAAUGAACACUGGCCACCAUCCUCAUCCUCACCACAGACACAGUGCGGAGAUCCUUAGCCCACCAUUGGACUCAAACAGUGGCACCAGCAAUGGUGGAGCGAGCGACCUUAACUUUUCUCCGUCUCAAAGUGGUGGAAACGGAGAUCAAAAUCUGCGACACAAACGUAGUGGAAGCAGCGAUUUAGUUCUCUCGCAACCUUCUUCGAGCCUUCCUGGAAAUGCUGUCCAUACUACAAAUCUUCCAGCUACGUACAUUGCGUUGUAUCCGUACAAACCGCAGAAAGCAGAUGAAUUGGAGCUGAGGAAAGGCGGAAUUUACAUGGUGACUGAGAGAUGUCAGGAUGGAUGGUUCAAGGGAACUUCGAACAGAACUCAAAAGUGUGGCGUUUUUCCUGGAAACUACGUAGCUCCUGCUAAAUGCCAGAGAAGUGUUUGCCGGGGUUCUCCGAAUGCAGGUCCACAACAAAGCUCAACAAUGACAUCCUCGCAAUCGAACAAUGAAGCGAGAUCAACUGUGACAUACACUAAAAGCAAGAGUCCUGCACCACAGCCAUACAAUAUGCGUUCCCUGCCUCCGCCGGAAUUACCUCCGAGAGCUGUGAGCCCGAUGCCAACUGUUUCUUCGUCCUGGCAUGGUCAGAGACAAGGUCAAGGACAGAGUCCUCCGAGGCAAGGCGAGCAAACAACCACCAUCAAUCCUCUUGGAAGAAGUCAUAGUGCAGUCAUGCCUUCUAAUGUUGCAUCUCCAGGCAAACUUCCGGCGCCAACAACAGCUGCUAAUGUUUCCGCUACGGUUCCAAGUACAACAAUUAACAAUGAUUUAAAUAGAAGUCCAAAUAACGUGGCGCACGGCACCACGUCACAUGCAACGGCCGCAGCUCCUCCCAUUAAAUCUGCGGAAAAGAAAGAGAAAAAGGAGAAAGGUGUUUCACUUAUGCGUCGUUUAACCAACAUAAAAAAAUCGAAAUCACCUCCGCCUGCCACGUACUCAAUGGACAAUCCUGUAUUUGAUGAUGGCAAUGUCGGUCAAGCAUCACUCAGUGCCGUGCACGUACGCUCGGGAUCUUGCCCAAGCCAAUUGCUACAGGUGGGACCCACACAGGAUAUAAAUGCCACGAACAGCCAUCAUCGCUUGUGUCCAGGCUCUGUGCAUUCCACUACUUCCCAGAGAAUAAAACAUAAAGAGCGACCUUCCUUGCCUGUGACAUUUCUUCAGAGGCCAGGAGAAGCUGGUGGAGCCGUGACUAGCUCAGUUAGUAAUCAUCAUCGUAAAAGUAAUUCGUUAGAUGCUGGAAUGGGCAAACAAGUUAAACAACAAACUGCUUUAAGAGAACGCGAACGUGUCUACAGAUUUCGAUGCAUCGUACCAUAUCCUCCAAAUAGUGAAUUCGAACUGGAACUGAGAGUUGGCGAUAUCAUAUACGUGCACAAAAAACGCGACGAUGGUUGGUACAAGGGGACCCAGCAACGCACAGGUCGUACUGGACUCUUUCCAGCAAGUUUUGUCGAAGCUUUCUGAGACACAUCGCGUAGUAGUCUCGUCUUGGAGACUUGUAUAUAACCGGCUCUCACGACCUGUAACAUUAAUUGUAUCAUGUAUACGUAUCUAUAAAUCACACACAACAUUCGUGAGAGUCGUCUAAAGUAACCAACAAACCAAUGUGCACACAUCUCUUCUAAACAUGAAUUUUAAGUCGAGAUUCUUAAAACGUACAGGAAAGACUUAAAGAAGUGCUAUGUGAUAUGUUUAGAAUUCGGGGAAUAUCUCCUGAAAUAAUUACUGCCAUGAAUGAAGUAAUUGUAAUGUGUAGACGUUUACAUCUAAGCGUUAAGUUUCGUGCAAUCAUCGUACUGCCAUUUAAAUAUUCGUAACGUCCGAUUACAAGUGGCAAAAGUCUUCUAAAUAUUCUGGAAACGCUCGCAAAGCUUUUUCUUAAAGUUUGUCGUCGAGUUCUGAUUCCGAAAAUAGGCCAUCUUUUUUUUAACGAAUCGUUCCAUUUUUAAAUUAUAUUAUAUCAUUUUUUUAUACGCUGUUAUUUUGAUCAAAGAGUCACGUAUUUUUUAUUUAAAAUUUAGCUUAAAACCUUUCUUGUUAUUAUUCUAGAAGUAUCAAAACUUUUUCAGGCGCUAAGCCUCAAAUCUAUUUAAUCAUGUCUUUACAUGAGUUUAAUAGCAAAUGCGUAUAAUCGCUUUGCCUCUGGCUAAUCGUUGAAUGCUAAGCAAAUCAUGAUUUCGUCAGAAGUUAGGUUUAAAAUUUUAGGUGAAUUUUUUUUAUAGAAUUGUACAUAGAAUCUUUGAGUCAGUCUGGAAGUUGAUUUUGCUUCCUGAGUUUUUAACACGAGUAAUGCCAAAGUUCAGCCACCGUUAAACUUGCAUGGAGUUUAAUGUUUUUUGAGUCUCGUAUUUUUAUCCUUGCGACUUUUUGCACACAAAAAAACGUCAAGUGCCAUUUUUAUUGAACAAUUUCAGUAAAUUGUCGUCUUUUUUGAAAGAAGCCUCUACUAUUUUUUUCUUGCAUUUAACGCACACGUUUUGUAUCCGAUUGUGUUCUUUUAUUAUUGAUAUCUGCUUUAUGCUCGUUACUCAGUGCCUACUUUAGAGAAUUAUUUUCUCGUUUUUUAUCUGCAUCUCUGUUUUCGAGUGAAGAAUGUGCUUCCAGUUUUCUGGAAUUUAGAUAUCUCUACCUUGCCUUAUUUUAGUCUGCCCUUCUUUAACUAAUUUAAAAGAAUCACGUAUUUAACGAAUGCUGUAGAAACUAAAUUUUAAGUGGCAUUGCAUUUAAUUCGUAAAAUGCACCCAGAUAUCAUAGCUAAUUAUAAAGUCGAUUUCACAGGGAUGAACUGUACAUAUAGAUAGAUAUAAACAUAAUUAUAUAUUUAUACACCAGAGUUUACUUUGCGAUGAGCACAUUUAUGUAUGAACAUUUAUUUGUCAAAGAUACUGUGAAACUUUGCACAAAUCAGCGAUUUUUGUCCCAGAAGUACCUAAAACAUAGCCGGAUGCAGGAAAAUACUUAACGAUUGAGUUAAGAUGCAAAUUGCAAGCUAAAAUUUAAUAAGAUUUCAAUACGUAAGGCUAAUUCAAUACAAUCAUGAUUAACUGACCAUAUAAUAUCGAAUUUUACAACGAGAAAAUGUUUCAAAUAUUAAUUAUCUUCUGCUCUGUUCGGAACUCUAAUCCUUGAAAAUGUAGUCACAAGCCUCUUAAUAGAGUAGUAAUUAGAUAAAUGGAAAUAACAAAUAUUAUCCUUUUAACAUAAGGUCUAAAAGGUCUUUCAAAAUAUCCUAAUUUUUUAUUUCGAUGCUACAGUUUUUAAAAACGAAUCGAUCUCCGUCCAUUUCCUAUAACCUAAUUCUUAAACUUUCCUCGACAUUGAAAAAUUAAAAAAAAAAUGUAUAACAUCGAGCAUCGUUAAAUUUUGGAAAUAUAUGAAAUUUGAAAUAUUUUCUCGUUUGUUAUAUUUUCGUGGAAUCGUGAAUAGUAUGAUGAGGUAUAUACACCAAUCUAACUACAAAACUGUGUCACUCCAAUUUUGUUUAUAUUUUUAAUUUAAGCCAAUUGUUUUGUUCUAUUUCUCAUAAAAACUCUAUUGAAAUUGAAUGUUGCAGACGGAUAAAAAUUUCUUAUUUUAGAUGUUUUUAUUCGAUUUUAUUAUUGCUCGCAGGCUGACUGCACCAGCGAAUCAUCUUAUAUUUUCUUUUAAUAAAAGGACUGCAAGUGAGAAAAAAAAAAUUUUUUUUCGUUGUUAUAAAAUAUCUAAAAAUUGGUUUUAUAUUUAACGCUGAGAUUAUAAAGUGUAUUAGACAUUGGACUAUUAUUUAGUAUUAUUUCCCAGUAUUUUUAUGCUGUCAUGAAUGUAGCAUCAUUUUAAAUACAAAAUUUAGGGCAAGUACUGAAUUUUAGAAUUUGCCAAUCUCAUUCAUUGGUCCAGUCACUAAUAUUUUAGUAUGUAAAUAUUCCAGUGCGUGAAUAUUUGUAUGCCUUCAUUCAAUUUGAGCCUAUGUGCUGACAGCGGCGUGUAUGGAACUAUAUUUAAUAUGUGCCUAGUAUGAGUCUUUUUUUUGCGAUUUAAAGUUAUUAUAUUCUGAUAGAAUAGACUGUUCUGCACCGUUUUUAAAAAUAUAUUUUUGAGCAUUUCAAACUUAAAUCAACUCUCCUGAAAAUAUUCUAAAAUUCAGAUAAACUCAUGCUCGACAAAAAUGACAUAUAAUCUCAUAGAGAGCGCUGUCAGCAUAUAAACUCAUAUUGAAGAGAGGCGUCGAUUUGAUGAUUUUCCAUAUUUUAUUAUGAGGAGAGCACAUAUUAGACUACUGUAGAUCUAUGGCAAAAAAAGGGUUAUAGAUCAGAAAGUUCGUGAUUAAAAUUUAAUAUUUUACAUAUUUUCAUUUGAAGGUCCAACCUUAUUUUUAGUAUUUUUAAGAAAUGUUUACUCCGCAUAAUUUGAAGCCAGCAAUCUUAAGGCUGAAAUUUGAGAUCUCUUUUUAUUUAAACUAAAUGUAAAUAAAUAAAUCAUAACAAAAAUGUCAGAACCGACACACGU